UACUCCAGAGCAAAGGAAAGCUAAGAGGCAGGACAAGACCCAGAGCUGACACACCCUCCCUCCUCCACCAUCUGGCCGCUCUGUCACACACCAUGCUGCUCUCCUUGCUUGUCUGUGCAGGGAUUGUGAGCGGAUUCCACCCCAACCAUGAAUCGGGGGGCAUCUCUCCAAGUGACUAUACGGAUGCCGACAUCACGGAAAUGGGGGCGCUGCGGGCCUUAGCCUGGUACAUGGAGAGGAACCCCCUGCCUGGAAGACCUACCAUGGCUCCUGGGGUGCUAGAAAACAUGAUGCCGUUGAAUGCAACGGGGCUGUUCAAGGCCUAUUUCCAAGCUGAUGUCUCUCCCAGUCGAUUUCUAAGUGCCCUUCAGGAAAUUGUCAAUGAAAAUAAUAAAGUGGAAACCAGGCACUCUCAAGACAGCAGCUACUUCUUCUACUGUGAACACAUUAGCAAAAGUAUUAAACAGCUUCAAGUUCUGAGUAACUCUAUGCUUUCCAGCCUGAGAGGUGAGGUGAAUUCCACUGCUCUGGAAGCAGCUCGUUGCAGUGCUGGGAAAGCCCUCCAUAUCCUCCAGAAAUUCUACAGCAACACCAACUGGGUGGAAAUGCAAAAUCUCAACCCUUACGAACACUUGUUAAACUCAAGGAGUCCUGUCUUUCCCACUGCACCUCUUUCUAAGAAAACAUGUCGUGACUGUGAAAGAAAACCAAGUGGCCAGUUAUUAUGUGAUAGAAACCUACUGGUGAACGAUGUGCUUACAAGUGGAUACAAGAUAUCGCGUUCCUGCAGAAUGAAGCGACAAGGCAAAUGUGGACACGGUGGGAACACUGAUGUGACGCAAUAUUUCUCUCCCACUGGUGGCAUCAACAAGGAGACGUCUAACCCCAAGUUCUCUCCACACUAUCUCCUGCAUCAAAAAGCAGCAGAAUUAGCCAUAGAAGCCACAAAGAGUUUUUUUGUUGGAGAUGGUUUCGGCCUCUUGAAUAAAGUGGGAGAUGGUACUUUUAGGAAGUUUUUCAACCUGGAUGGUUACUCCCUGGCCUUAGUGAUAGACACAACUGGCAGCAUGAAAUCGGAUAUUGACCAAGUCAAAAUCAACACCAUCAGACUUCUCCGAAAUUAUUCUGGCUCUCCUGAUGCACCUUUUAAUUACGUUCUUGUGCCCUUCAAUGAUCCAGAUGUUGGUCCCAUUGUUAAGACCCGCAGUGUGGACGACCUGGAAUCCGCAAUCGCUAACCUGACUGCUGCUGGUGGUGGUGAUUGCCCGGAAAUGGCGAUGACUGGUGUAAAACUGGCUUUGCUAGAGAGCUUGCCAAGAUCCAAGAUCUUUGUCUUCACUGAUGCUGCAGCCAAAGACAGACAUCUGAAGGAUGAAGUGAAAAUUCUGAUUGAUUCUUCUCAGUCUGUAGUGAGCUACAUCCUCACAGGCGUUUGUACCAGGAGGAGACCCAGAAGUCCAGCUGAGAGAGAGUCUAAAACAUACACGAACAUCUAUGAAGAAGUGGCAGCUUAUUCUGGUGGCUUGUAUUUGCCUACCACGAAGCGUCUGAUUUCACAGGUCCUGGGCCUAAUGGAGAUGUUCCUGAAAGCUGCUUCAGUUAAAUUGGUUGAUAGCCGAGUGUAUGCUUCACAAUUCUCCAUCCCUGUAGAUGACACGCUUAAAGACUUGACCAUCUCUGUCAAAGCAUUAUCUCCGUUCAGCAUGAAUGUGCUCCAACCUUCAGGUUCUCCAUUGGGAUCUCUGAACAUGUUGAUCAACACAAACAAACACAAGAUUGUGAUGAUGUCUCCUAUCCCUGAGCGAGGUUUAUGGACCGUGACUAUGUUUCCCAUAAACAAUUAUGAAAUACUGGUUGAAGGCAAAAGCUUGCUUGACUUUUCUUACCAGAUUAUGGAGAAGCAGAAUGGCUACGUGGUUCCAAUCCAAGGACGACCAGUGAAAGGGUUAACCUACACCAUCUCCCUGAAGCUGAUGGCAGAUACUGCAGGCAUCAAAGUCCUGCACCUGGUACCUAUAUCUGAACAGGGAACUCCUCUAGAAUCUAUACAUGUGAACCAAACCUUCGAUGCUCUUGGCAAUCCCUUGGUUGUUGUACCUGCUUCCUUCCAUCUCCCAAGAACCUUACUGAAAGUGGAGGGCCUUUCUCCAGGCAAUUUCCCCUUUCAACGAAUCAGUCGUGAUUCCAUCAGCACGGAGUCUUUGCAGAUUGAGCCUCUGCCAGAACAAAAUGACACACUGGCACCUGGUGAGAGCUUAGAAGUAUCCGUCCUGGUGAUAAACUCUGGAGCAGCUACAACGUUCGUUUUUAAAGUUUGGGAUGAUCUGAAUUUCUUAAAGAGCUAUGCACCAACAAGUGGUUUCCUGAACACAGGCAAAAAUAUUACUCUGACAGCAACCUUUGUCGCACCUGUUGUGAGCGGCAGCUUUGCCUCCAGCAUUGCAACAUUCACUGCUAAAAGCGGUUCUACUCAGAACUACCUGAAACUUCCCAUCAACGUCAUUCCUGAAGCAGCUUUGGAGAUAGAUGAGAUCCCACCUGAGCACAAACUCAAAGAAUUUUACAUGCCUUGUAAAGGCAAAAUCCAGGAGGAGCCAGACUGUAGUCACCAUACUUGGCACAUGUCAUUUGUUGCAACGGAUGCUAACAGUGCUGUCACCGUCCGAAUCAAUGCAAAUCCUUCUGGUCUCUCUUGCACUCCAGAAAGAGGUGAUAACAAGAAUGUAAUAUGUGACUUUAGGUCAGACUGCUGCACUCCUUACGCAGAAGUGUUGAUCAGUGAUGAGAAUGGAAACUCCAGCACUUUCACAGUGGACUACAGGAACUCACGUCCUGCUCCGGCCUAGUGAGUUAAGCACCGGAAGCUGCCAA